AUGGCGCCUUGGGCGUAUGCGGCAGGUGUUGUCGGGCUCGCGGUGGCCCUUUGCAUCGGUUGUGCUGCGCAGUUCACAGCGAUGCCGAUCCUCUUCUUUGGCCACAUUGCGGCCAUGCUGGUUUGCUGGUGCCUGAUGACAAGCGGAUCGGUGGUCUAUGUGCUGAUGGGAGGAAAGAACAGAGACAGCGUCAGACCGAUCCACGCUGCUAUCCAGUCGACUGCGGUGCUGGCAGCUGUAGUUGGAUACUGCUGCAUUUUCCGCAAUCACCAACUGAUGGGCGGUUCCCAGCUUGGUUUUGACCCUGGCAACCCGCCAGCAAAGACGGCACAUGCCUUGCUCGGCUACGUGGUCUUGGGAUGCAUGUUCGUGCAGGCUUUUCAGGGCUGGUCGAAGUACUUCGGCCUGCAGAUUGGAAAGAUCCGAUAUUUGGCACAUCCUUUGAAUGGACGAGCUGUUCUAGCAGUCGCCGCGCUCAACAUGGCACUCGUGCUGACAACUUUUCCUCUCAGUCAGGCACUUUUCGGUGCACUUGCGGGCGGCAUCCUCGUGACCUCAGCGGCAGCAGUGAUUCUCGCAGGUCCAGCAGGCAAAGCUGCGGCUAGGGAGCCGAUCUGCUCAGAGGGCGCCCUCUUUAUCGAAACGGAGAAGGGCUACGAGCAGCUUGCCGCUGACGAUUCAGAGCCAACUCGGCAGUAG